UGAGAACUAAAGUUAAUGUGUAAAUCCAAGAGGGAGUACCGUAAUAUUACUAAAGAGUUGCUGAGGCAAACUGAAGUGUAUCUAUUUAAACGAUUUAAACUCCGGGGGGUACGUCAUGCCGCAAACUGUCUAUUUAUUGACGUAAAACUGACGUAAAGCAACCAGUUCACUGCAGUGUUUGUGGAGGUCUGGCGUGUUUGCUAACAUCAAGCUAGCUAACUAACGCCAAUUCGACACCUUUAUCUAUUUCAGGUGCCGUCAUUACGACACGUGUUAUCUGCUAAUAAGCUAUGAAGAUGAGGAAGCGACCUAACAUUCUGCUAACAGGAACCCCUGGUGUUGGAAAGACCACUUUAGGAAAGGAGCUGGCCCAGCGGACAGGGCUGUCCUACGUCAACAUAGGAGACCUGGCACAGGAAGGAGAACUUUAUGAUGGCUAUGACGAAGAGUACCAGUGCCCAAUUUUGGAUGAGGACAGGGUGGUGGAUGAGCUGGAUGACCAGAUGGUAGACGGUGGGAUGAUCAUUGACUAUCAUGGCUGUGACCUGUUCCCUGAGCGCUGGUUCCACAUCGUCUUUGUCCUCCGCACAGACAACACACAGCUGUACACGCGGCUAGAGAGCAGGGGGUACGCGGGGAAGAAGCUGCAGGACAACGUGCAGUGCGAGAUCUUCCAGACUAUCUACGAGGAGGCCAUGGAGGCCUACAGCGAGGACAUCGUCCACCAGCUCACCAGCAACACUCCUGAGGACAUGGACCGCAACCUGGAGCAGAUCAUCCAGUGGUCUGAGCAGUGGGUGAAGGACAAUAACUAGAAGCUGGACUCUGUCAACAAAAGUUAUUUGGACAAUUAAACAUAAAUGGUAAACUACAUUUAUUUUCACAGACUUUGCCCACAUGAAGACUUAUGAUAUUUUCUUCAGUGGCUUGGCAAAUGGUCGGACAGCAGUGGAUGGUUAUCUAUUAAAAAAUGGUAUCGAACAGGCUUACUGACACAAGUCGGAAGCCAUAACAUGAUAUGUAACAGAGCGUACUGGCUUCAAGUCAUAGCACUUGUAUACUGCUGCAUUCGUGUCAUAUUUUUGAUAAUAAAUGACUAAUGGUAAACAACAUUGUCACAAUUUC